AUGUAUCGUAACGCCGCUGCAGCUGUUGUGCUGAUCGUCAGCUACCUGAUGGUCGUGGUGACUGCGACUGGAACCGCAAUGGACGAUCCAAUGUACAAACAGUGGAAAGGACGCAUCGUGGGAGGACGCUACGCCCAGGAUGGAGACUUCCCGUAUCAAGCUUCAUUCCGCACGCUGGAAGGAAUGCACAUUUGCGGCGGUUCCGUGCUCAACCAGCAGUGGGUUAUCACGGCGGCUUCGUGCGUUUUUGGACGAACGAUCGAUGAUACCCGGGUUAUUGUCGGUGCUUACCGGUUGAGCCAAGGAGGUUUCAACCUCGGACUGCGACGUAUUAUUUUGCAUCCCAACUUUGCUUCCACUACGCUUGCCAACGAUGUGGCCGUUGUUCGCGUGUCUUCCCUAAUGGUGCUUAGUGAUGCUGUCCAGGGUGUGCAGCUGGGAUCGUACCGUAUCAACGUAGCCUACGGUGCCUUGGUGUCCGGUUGGGGACGUCUUGAAUUCUCCAACCCGAUGUUCCCAGAUAAUCUGCAGUAUAUCGCGGUGAACGUGAUCUCUGAACUGGAAUGUCGGGCGCGGUUCGCUUCACCGUACGAUGAGCGCAUCUACAGCUCUACGCUCUGCAGUUCUAGCCCCGUUGGUGAAGGCACAUGCCUUGGCGAUGCCGGCAGCCCUCUGGUGCACGGUGCUGAACUGCAUGGCAUCGUUUCCUGGGGAAUUCCGUGCGGGGAAGGCUACCCCGAUGUGUAUGCCCGGAUCUCAUCUCACCGAGGCUGGAUUCUGGCUCACACACUAAUCUAA